AUGAAAAGAGGAACGAAGUGUGUCGCGCAGACCAUCAACUUGUCCAAUCCGGAGACAUGCGUAAGACCAAAGAGGAUUCAGAAGCUCGUUCAUGCAGACAUGAUGCAGCCUUGUCCGAGCAUAGUAGCUGGAAGCUCGUCUUAUUGGACUCCGAGACCGGUGCCCAUUAAAAUCUGCACGCGGAAAGACAUGCAAAGAACUUGUCCGCCAAAGCUCUGCGAGUGUCCGCAGAAGACAUUGCCAAAGACGUCGGGUUACAAAUUCUGUAACAUUCUGCUCUUCCUCGUGAAAAGUAGCAUCGCGGCUGGUCUCGUUUAUUGGACGCAUACCGAGGGCUUGUGGGGUAGCAGCGCCGACGUCGAGGACCUGUAUCGCAGGAUAAUGGCUACGCUCGCUCCCACUUUGGACGACAGAGAAGUAAUCGAAUUGCCUCGCAUAAACGAUUUCAAGAACACGAUGAUACAGAAGUACAACUACGCCUUGUUUACCAUAAUGAACUGUAUCGUGAGCGCAUCGAUGAUACUGCGGAGGCAGCUUCAAAGUAUGUUGGUUGACGUCGAACCAGCCAAGGUCGAGCCAUCCGACGCCGAAUCUUCCGACGAUACGACGGAUCCCGAAGAGGAAAGUUAACAGUCGCGCCAUUGUUAAAUCAUACAAGACAAAUCCCUUGUGUAGUGUUGUUUGCCCUCAUCUCGUGAGUUUAAAAAGUGCUAAUGCACGAAUAAAUUCGUAAAACACUGGCUCCGCUCUAUCGUGGAGAAUACGACUACUUGUGUUAAGAGGUGACUGCGACAACGGUGUUCAAGAUGUUCACGCUGGUUUCGUGGAGGACGUUGGCAAAGAUGUUCUCGAGAUGUUGCUUCACGGUACGUACAUAGAGAUUCACGUAAGCACGCGAAAUACGAUACAAGGACAGAUUAAAAUUCCGUUCAGCUUGCUUCCAUUUUUUCCCGGAACACCAGAGGGUACACCAGGGAUUUCUCACGGUAGUUGCAUUUUAAGCGAUUUUUAUGGUACCUCUUGCUAUCGUUGUAAAAUUUCAGGCUUCUUUUCACCCGCUAUUUUAUCCGGCGCGAAUUUAUUCUCGCGACAGAACUAAGAAUUCUAUGGGUUUGAACGCGUGGCGCGAAUAACAUUGAAAAAUAUCUUGGAAACGAACUCUUAAUCGAAGAAGG